CGCAGUCGCCCGCUGCCGCCGCUGCCGCCGCUGCCGCCGCCGCCGCGGGUUGCUGGCGAGCCACACCGGCCCGCGUCACCGCUCUGCGCGCUCCCUGCACCUCCCCGGCUGCUUCAGCCCAAGAAAACGAAACCCAGGCGGCCCCGGCACCCGCGAUCGCGCCGACGUGGUGCUGUGAGGGCCGUGCUCGCCCUGCGCUCGCCGGGCGCGGACUCCAGAGCUGUGCGCACCGCGCGGGCGGCGGCUGAACCGGCACGGGGAGGGCGCGGGAGCCGUAAGGCCCCGGGACUUCGGGCGGCUGCUGCGCGGCCUUGGCGGCGUUGGCCCUUUUCCCGCUCGCAGUUGGGUCGCGGGCCCGGCCGGUGAGCCGCGCGCAAUAUGGGCAGAUGCUGCUUCUACACGGCGGGGACACUGUCCCUGCUGCUGCUGGUGACCAGUGUCACGCUGCUGGUGGCCCGAGUCUUCCAGAAGGCGGUGGACCAGACGAUCGAGAAGAAUAUGGUGUUGAGAAACGGUACCGCGGUCUUUGACUCCUGGGAGAAACCCCCUCUACCUGUAUACACCCAGUUCUAUUUCUUCAAUGUCACCAAUCCAGAGGAGAUCCUCCGAGGAGAAAUCCCCAUAGUGGAAGAAGUGGGGCCAUACACCUACAGGGAACUCAGAAACAAGGCAAACAUCCAGUUCGGAGGGAAUGGAACCACCAUAUCUGCUGUCAGCAAUAAGGCAUAUGUUUUUGAACGAAACCAAUCAGUUGGCGACCCUAACGUUGACUUGAUUAGGACAGUAAACAUUCCUCUGUUGACCGUUGUGGAACUGGCCCAGCUGCCCCUCCUCCGAGAGAUCAUCGAGGCCAUGCUCAAAACCUACCAGCAGAAGCUGUUUGUGACCCACACCGUGCAUGAACUGCUCUGGGGCUACAAGGAUGAGAUCUUGUCCCUCAUCCAUAUUUUCAAAUCUGACGUCUCCCCUAACUUUGGCCUGUUCUAUGAGAAAAAUGGAACUAAUGACGGAGACUAUGUUUUUCUAACCGGAGAAGACAAUUACCUCAACUUUACAAAAAUUGUGGAGUGGAAUGGAAAAACGUCGCUGGACUGGUGGACCACAGACGAGUGCAAUAUGAUCAACGGGACAGAUGGGGAUUCUUUUCAUCCGCUGAUAAGCAAGGACGAAGUCCUCUACGCCUUCCCGUCUGACUUCUGCAGGUCGGUACAUAUAACUUUCAGUGGUUUUGAGAGUGUGGAGGGAUUACCUGCUUUUCGGUAUAAGGUGCCUGCAGAAAUACUAGCCAAUACCUCCGAAAAUGCUGGCUUCUGUAUACCCAAAGGGAACUGCAUGGACUCGGGAGUGUUGAAUGUCAGCAUCUGCAAGAAUGGUGUACCCAUCUUCAUGUCUUUCCCGCACUUCUACCAAGCUGAUGAGAAGUUCGUUUCUGCCAUUAAAGGCAUGCGCCCAAACAAGGAAGAGCAUGAGACAUUUGUGGACAUUAAUCCUUUGACUGGAAUUAUUUUAAGAGCAGCCAAGAGAUUCCAAAUCAACACUUACGUGAAAAAACUGGAUGAUUUCGUGGAAACAGGAGACAUUAGGACUAUGGUUUUCCCAGUGAUGUAUCUCAAUGAGAGUGUUCUCAUUGACAAAGAGACUGCAAAUCGAUUGAAGUCCGUGACUAACACGACUCUGAUAGUCACCAACAUACCCUACAUCAUCAUGGCACUGGGCGUGUUCUUUGGCUUGGUGUUCACAUGGCUUGCAUGCCGAGGACAGGCGUCCAUGGAUGAGGGAACGGCAGAUGAAAGAGCGCCCCUCAUACGAACCUAAAUGAACUUACCUGUCGCCUGAGCUUGGUGAGAGAACAUGUGAACUGCCCUGAUCUGGACCAGGACAGGGAAAACCCUGAAUCCUCCUCACAGGCUCCUGGCCUGUCAAGAGGAGGGAGAAGCUGAAAUGCUGGCAAGUGAGGAGAGCUUCCUGGACGGAGGGCAGUGGGCAGGGUGACAUGACCGACCGGAAUGCUUUAUAGAAUCAUGCCUCUGAAAUUGUUCUAAUGUGUCUAGGAAGUAUCUAAUAAACUUGUGUAGAAACUUUGUGGUUGGGCUCUGGGAGCUGCAGGAUUUUGUGACCCCCAUUGUAGAUACAAAGUCUGCAUCGCUUGUUAACGUUAGUUGUUGGCCUGACCUGAUUCAGUAUGCUUCGUUCUCCAAACUGUGUUCAAAAUAUAUAUACAUAUGUAUGUAUGGCUUCCUAUUCUCCGUUCAACUCCUUCCACGAGAGAAAGCAUGUAGCACCAGGGUAAAGUGAUAGCUUCAUAUGAUGCACCACACAAACGUGUCUGCUUCCCUUCUUGGAGACAUCACAUGCUGCAUUUCGCUCUACCCUCCAGUGUGUCAUCCCUUCAGGAAAGUAACUGUCUUUGGACUAUUCUAGAGUGGGCAGGAGUCACUCGGGAGAGGGCUUGGGUGGGGUGGUGUCUGUAAGUAGAUAGCUUUGAGCUUCUGAGGAUUUUGAAGUUUUGCUUUUGUAGAGCAAGCAGAUGCCCCAGCAACGUUGGUGAGGGUAAGUCAGACAGAUGGUCCAUUUAGACUAGAGUUCAGUGUGAGUUAUAGCAUUUAUAGGCUAACUGCUAGUUUCAGUCCAAGCUGGCUUGAUGGAGAUGCGUCUGGGAGAAUGGAGUCAAUAGCUCGUAUGCCCCCGGCAUCUACCAAAUAGGAUGGUGAUACAGAAUGACUGCCAAAUACUGAAUUUGUAUUUGUAAAACUAUAAAUGUCUCAAAGUCCAUCUGCCCAUAGCUUAUGUUACAUACAGAUCCAGGAAGGCAUUUUGUCUGGACGAGACUUGGAAAAUUUUGAAUUCAUCCCUUAGAUUUAGUCCCAGCCAGUGUUUUGUGGCCCACCGUCACUCACUAAGUGCUCUCUGCUUCCUGUGACAAUCACUUUUCUGACAAGUGUUUAGAGUGUUAGACAGGAAGUUCUUCAGAUGAGGUGUCUGGAAAGGAAGCCAGCUACUGCUUCUCUUCAGAAGGUCCCUGAAGGAGAGCGGCGUCACAGCCGUCAGACCUCAGCCAUCGUGGAGGGCACUGUCUUUGAUUCUCAGAGCCCGCCAUUGAUUUUUAAUGAGGAACCCUAUAUGUUGGCUGGCCAACCUCUUAUAUAAUUUCAUGAAAACUGAAUUUCAAUGUAAACAAAAAAAUUGUAAAAACAAACAAACAAACAAAAAAAACCCUGAGAUUUCAUAUACAUAUUUGGAGGUAAAAAUAUUGCUUUAAUAUACAGGCCCAAAUUUUCCUUUCUUGACACUAAAGCAAUAUGUGAUGUUUCCCUUCUUUUUUAUUUUGGGGUUUUGAGACAGAGUCUCUCUAU